AAGAAAAGCGUUCGCUUGUGCUGGCUGAUGAAACAUUGCACAGUCUCGGUGGUAUUAAAUACCCCUUCUGUUGUUUAUUGAAUACCAGCCCACAGCAACACACCAUUAUUGUCCAGUUUCCGUACAUCGUUUGCGUUCGUGAAUCGUUGUUGUGCAAAACGCUGACAGUUCUUCGCAGUUUGUGCAAUAAAGUGGAGCAUUCGUUGAGCUAUUACGCGUAUGUUGCUCAUUACUCAUUCACGAAUGGUGUCGAUUUUAGUUUGCCAUACGUGAGAACUAUAAACGGGGUGUCUGAGAAAACGAGUGUUAAGCGUGUAUUCUUUAACAACGCGGUUUAGCGUUCCAACACUGAGUAGACGAAGCGGACGACGCAAUACACGAUCCGACUGCGGCGACAUCAUCACUGCAGAUGGCAGUUUGCACCAGCAACCUGACGUCCGAUUCUGGUGGCGCUCCGGAAAACUUUCACAUCACCUACUCGCACGACGGUGACGAGGAUGAGGAAGGAGUGGACGCUGUGCAUGAUGGUGAUCUGCUGUCCACGUCCAGCUUCCAGAUCGGUGGGAUCGGUGGCGAAAGUACGCUCCGUUGCCCUUUGUGUGGUGCCCACCGUCGUCACUUUCACUGCAAAUCGUGCAUCCGUCACGGAGACUUCCUGCACACAGCGACCGCCGUGUACUGUCAGCUGCCAGAACGAUUCGGCGAAAAGCAGCAGCGCUUGAGAAACCUUCGCACGGCAAACGCUACGCUCGAAAGCAAAGGCACCACGAUGCUGGAAAAGUUACACCAAGCGGGACGUUUAGCUGGCGAGAUCAAGCAACGGUCGGACAAAGCGAGCAUCAUACGGAAAACGAUCGAGCUGAAACGCAUCGCCAUCGAGGAAUUGCGGCUGAAACAACGUCACCUUGGUGACGCGAUCCGCAAGCUGCGCAUCACGUUGCCUCGGUACGACGAUAAGGUAAAGACGCUCAGCGAAUUUGUAGCCGGUAAGCUGGACGAGAGUGAGCACCGAAAGGCGAAGCUGACGGCAGUGCAGGAGCGUUUGCGUCAGCUGAAGCGCGAUCAGGUGCAGCAGCUCGUACGUAUCAUCUUCUCGAUCACGCAAACGAUCGUCAGCCGAAGUAGCUUGGCGGGAAGCAGCAGUACGACGAGCACUGCGAGCGGCAGCUCUGCAGGUGGUGGUACGGGACUCAGCAAUACCCGUAGUACGAUAAACGAAAUUUCUGAAGCUACUCGAACCGCGUAUGUCCGCGGGCAGUGGGUGUUGCAGGAUAGCUUCGGGGAGAUACAGCAUGUAAUAAUUGCACCGGCACUUCCCGGUACCGGCAACUAUUCGGCCUAUAACGAUUGGGCUACGGGUGAUGGUGGUGCGGUAAUUAGUGCCACCUCGACGGUCACUUCUACUAUGGAAGUUUCUUCCUCGCCUGGUACAGGUGGCAACAGGGUGGGAAGUCACAAUCCAGCACACACCAUUGCAGCGGCCUUAACAUACACCAGUCAGCUUGUGGCGCUGCUUGGCUACUAUCUGGACGUUCGGUUACCGUACCGUGUGGCGUACGCUGACUUCUGUACGACAACGCUGUCGGAGGCACAGUUUGCCCGGAAGGUGGCACGAUUGAAUGCGGACAUUGUGUUCCUGUGCCAUACACAAGGCUGCCGGUUGAACGACAUGAACCCGACGCACACACUCGAGAAUGUGCUCUGUCUGCUAAAAUCAUCCGCUCUUGGCCAUUGUGGACCGACGGAUCGAAACAGUUGCCUUUCCGAUUCGAUGGAACAGUUGCUAAUGCAGAACAUUGGCGAAGAUUCCGACUCGGAGGAUGAAACAAAUCUUCACCAGGAAUGGGAAGCUGUCCCUAGCAACCUUUCACCGGUAACGGCCGAACAACCGUACCAACCGAUGGCACUAGCAUUGGACCAAAGGCGCCCAACGGUCGGUCACACGGGAUUGCACUAUCAUCAUCUUCAGCAACCGACCGGUGCCGCCGCAACCAGCCUCAUGGCCAGUGCCUUCGCCUCGGUCAGCUCAUUCUGGAAAGGAUGGACGGGGAAGUAAGAAUCUAACCUAAGAGGCAUCGAUCCAGGUGCCCCUCGCUACACAACUCACUCGAGAGAUUCGCUAUGCUCAUUCCUUUUGCACAACCAGCCACCGCGUUUUAUCAGGCGAGAAACUCAAGGCAAAAAUGAAAACCAUUUAUACAGUUUCUUUUUUACAAAUACAUAUGUGAUAGCACAAAACCAAACUGUACAGGCUUUCCAACACCCGUUUGAUGCCAUUACGAAUAGGAAAUAGCACACAAAACAGUAAACGCUUCCAAAAACGACAAGGAACAUCGUUACAAACUGCUCCAAAUAUGGUACAAAAAGAAGAACGUAACAAAAUCAGAUUGAAGCUUGAGCAACCAACCACUCGGAAAACGCUUGUAGACAUUUUCUUUACAUUACACUCGUUUUCGGUUGUGAAUUGUUGCGACGAUCAAGAAAAGGGUGUAAAGGGAUGAAUAGAGAUAAUUUUGUCUGUAAAACAAAAAAUAAACUCAUUUUAUAAAUGUUAUUUUAUAUGCAAAACAACAACUAAAAAGUUCACUAAACCGUAAGUUAGCGUCGGAAUGGAAAUAAAGUAAUUAAUUUUUUAGCUGUGAUUAACUUCAAAAUAAUAA